GGGAUCUAGAAGUGUCACAGUGUAGUCGGAGCGCCGCCAACUUGCAGGCGUCUUGAUCUGAAUGCAUUAGAAAUCUGAAGACUUUACAAAUUCAAGCUAAACCCAGAGAAAAGCAGCAGAUCGUUAUUUAUAAGGACAAAAGGACUGUUUGUGGGCCAGUCAGCGAGGGAGAUCAGAGGAGUUAUUUAGACAGAGGAGAGAAGCAGGGGCAGCCGGCCCGGUGAUCUGAGUGUUUCCUCGCUUUGAUGCGAUCCGACUGUGCCUGGAGCAUGUCCACAGUGGGCCUGACUACCCAGGAGAUCUCUCUUCCCAUAGAAAACCCCUUCCUCCGGGGCAGCUACUGUCACAGCAUGGCUGGAUCCAAACCGUCCUGGAGCUACCACCAGGAACCCAUACACAAUUUCUACUUUACAAUGGACCGCCACAUAGAAUCGAGCUACCGAACUCAGCAGAAAGCGCCGCCCCAAAGCCAUGAGAAGCUGAAAUACAGUCCCAAGUCUCAGAGUUUAGCUCAGAAGAAAUCCCUACCCUCCCAUCUGUCCCUGUCCCACGCCAUGGAACCAUCCACCCCGGGUCCUGCAGAUGACAUGCAGAGGCUUUCUGUCAACGAGAACAGUCCACCUGUAACGCCAGUUAGAUGUUCAAAGCCCCUGCCACCCAUCCCACCACAAACGGACAUCUCCACUGAGCAGGCUAUGGAUCAUGAGGUGGAAUCUUUCACCAGUGAAGAUGAAAGCUGCCGCCUUGUCUCCAAUGAUGAACGGUCUUCCAAAUCUUCUCCUUUUCGAUAUGGACUCUCCCACAGAAGGAGCUUAAGAAAUGUCGGGGAGAUAAACUAUGCUUAUUACGAUGGCCCUUUAAGGCCACAUAUCCAGCAGCACUCCCAACCCCAACCCCAACACCAGCACCAUAACCAUCACGCAUAUCAUCAGCAGGAAGUGCGACAACAGCAUGAACAGCAGCGACAGGAACCACCAGAGCAUGCCAGUCCACGACCACAGGACAAAGCUCAAAGGAAGCUACGACGUUCUCACUCUGGCCCUGCGGGCUCUUUACACAAACCUUCAUUUAUGCGUCUCUGUCCAAAACGUUACACCAAUGGUUCAGACAAACCAGAGGUGCCACCCCCAAUCCCUCCUCGCAUGGUCAAGACUACAGAAUCGCGCCGCUGGUCAGCAGAGGUCUCCUCAGGGGCUUACAGCGACGAUGAUAAACCACCCAAGUUGCCCCCAAGGGACCAUUUUCCCAGAAGCAUCUCCCGCACUCCAAGUCCAAAGAGCCUCCUCCCCACAUAUGAAAAGGGAGUCAUGCCCAAAACUCAGAGUUUUGCGCCGGACCCCAAGUACGUUAGCUGUCGGUCUUUUAAUAGACAGAACAGUGAGGGCUCUGCAUGCACCGUUCCUAUCAUUGUGAAAGGCGACAGCAACACUCAUUACUACAUUCUGUCUCAGCGGUCUUCGUUUGCAGAUUCGUCCUGUGACUGCCACACCAAGAGGAAAGUAGAUCUAGUUUAGUUUGAGAGGUUCUAGUGGAAGGAGGAGGACUGUACAUGAGCAAAAAAAUAAAUAAAACAAACAAAAAAAACACUCGACAAAAUAGUGAAACCAGACGCUAACAACAGUCAAACUGCUGCUUUUUACAGUUUUUUUUCUUAAUACCCCACAUAUUUUUAACUCACAGGGUAUGUGUGCACUGUAUACAGUUACUGGUAAUGUUGAACAGCUAUCACAACUAAGAUACUUCGUCGGACUAAGGAUUGUGAUCAACAUUCAAUUUUGUAGAGCUUAUUUUUGAUAUGAUUUUAUUUCGUGACAUUCAUUACUGUACUGUUUGUUUGUUUUUUCAUUGUCAUUGACGAUGUGGUACAAUCAAAAGGGGCAAGCCGGCCUUGCACCCUAUGUGCUCAGUGUUUUGUGUCUGGAAUGGUGGGGAUGUUUUUUUUUGUAAUGCACAUGGGGUUUUCUGUGAUGCUGCUUUUGUAUCUUACAAGGGACAAAAGGUCAGUAAAUGUAAACCAUGUAACACUUAAUAUAUGAAGUCUAAACCCCAUCCCAGUGAACUUUUUAAUGAAAUGAAGGAUCCUAGAUAUCAGUGUGAUGUUUUAUCCCAACUUUGACGUGAUGUAGUUCAAGUUCUACUCGUUCUGUGUUUUCCCCACAUGGCACGUUGUUUCUGGUAGCUAUGCUUGUUUCCAAAGGAAUCUUUGGUGCAGCUUAUAUGGAGAACUUGUCUGUUGAUGAAAGUAUUUGUGUUUGCGUUUGUGCAUGUGAUUCACAAUCGUUUAGUGGUGGACUUUCUGCAAUAUGUAGAGAAUUGUCAACACAACCUGUUACUGUGUGCUGUUUCUUUUUUUUUGCACACAUUCAUUUAUUUCCAGUCUGUGUCCAGGUUUGUCCAGGUUGCACAGUAAUUGUGUUCAUGCAUCCUUACUGAAGUUUUCUCAAACUGUUAAAGGAAGCAAUAGUUAUUCUUGUUUGUGCUCAAAAGUUGAACUUUCCGAGGUCUCAGUCAGAAAGGGAACAGAAAUGCCUCAAACCAAUAUCCAAUAUGGCUGUCGCACAUCUAACACAUAGUGGAAAGUGUGUUUAUAAGCUAUUUAUUAGCACUUCUGAUAGUGUGUGUUGUAUUAAACCACUGACAUACAUACUUAUUUUUAUGAACAUGUUCAUUUUAGAGUUUGCUUAAGAAGGAAAGGAAUAUAUUAUUAGUUGUAUUGUUCAAUCCCACAAGCUUUUCCGAUCUUUUGAAUCCACUCAACACGUCAUUCUCUAAAUCUGACUUCCAAGUCAAACUGAGCUCAGCAUUACUUUUGGUCACGUUCUGAAGAAAGUAUUACGACAUUUUUCAACUCAUUCAAUUUUUCCUUUAAAUUGUCCAAAACGGUUUUAAAAUAUUAAAGUUUAGGCCCCCAGCUCAAUAUGUGACUUGACUUUUGACCUAAUAUUCAUAAAUAGAUUUGAAAUCAGGCAGAUCUGCAAUAAGGGAUGUCAGUCCAACCAGUUAAUACAGCGACGGUGCAGGAUUCAACCUCCUGCCUGCCUGACACCGACUUUCCUGUUCUGCACACGCAUUCCUUGCUUUACGUGAUUGCAGUGGGUGUGGCCUGAAAGACUUUGGCUGCUGGCAGCCAGGAAAGACGUAUGAGUUUUAUUGUUGUAGAUUAUUCACCAAGCACCCGGAUGUUGUGAAAAUUGUAGCACAUGUAUUGAAGUAGCCCCUUCUGUAUCAAACACGGUGUUCAGUUUUUGGGAAACAUGACCUUUGAGGUCAGUCGGUCAUUGAAGUCUACCCCCUCUAUCCUCCUCUUCCUCACCAAACAUAAUGUUGCUUUUUGACCUAAAUGUUUGAAAUGUUUACAUCACACACUAUUUAAUCUUAAGGUAUUCGUAUGUCUUAUGAAAAAUAAUGAAACUAAAUGAAGACUAGUGUAUCAAGAAAUAACUUCUCUGCUGUGGUUGAAACAAAAUGCACUGGGAGAGUUCAGUAUGCUUUGUACAGUAUUUAACAAUUCCAUUUGUUAUUAUGAAUAGCUGAGACUUUUAAAAGAAAGCCAAAAUAAAAUGACUUAUUUAUGAGCUUG